ACUAUAAGAAAAAAAGCCCUUCCAAACAAGUCCUUCUGCUGGUCGUUGUGUGACCACACCUUCAAGGCUUGGCAGAGUAAAUUAAAUUCUGUUGUAUAGUUUCUACCCCAUACAACUAACCAGCAACAGAGAUGGAGUACGCAGAACAGGUUGCUCAAAUUGUAUCCACCGCACAUUUCGGAGAUUUGAUUGAAUUCUCUUAUCCCAUUGGCUACUCACACUGGGGCGUGUACGACGGAGAUGGAUACGUCAUUCACUUCGGGGUUGCCGAUGAAAGUCAGGUGAUGAGUACAUUUCGGAGUUGCCUGCAGAAUAUCUUUCCUGUGUGUGGUGACCUUUUGCUUGGAGAGACUAAGAUACGCCGUCAGCUUCUAUCUGAAGUUACUGUACCUAAAGGAGCUCGUCUUUCAGUGGGCAACAGCUGCCAUGCUUUCCAGCCUUCACCUGAGGAUGACAUAAGACGACGACGAGAUGGUCUACUAGACAGGGAGUUUACCUACAAGCUCUUAUCAUUUAACUGUGAGCACUUUGCCACAUUUGUCCGGUAUGGAAAAGCUGUGUGCAAUCAGAUCCCAGGGAGGGCCAAAAACAAGGAAUGUGUGGAUGCAACAGAACUGUUUAGUUGCCUUGUGCCAUCGUAUUAAUCUUAAUGCCAGGAACAACAAAUUAUCACAAGCAUAUAUUUUAUUUCACUAAGGAAAGAGCUCUUCAACAUGUCAAUAAAAUGUACAUAGAAUAUUCUUGUAAAGAUGUGUGACGUGUCUCUGACACAUCUUUCCACAUUCCUAACUUAUUUGGCACCUGCCCUCACAUAUUUACCAUAGGUUACACCAAACUGUUACACUGUUACUGUUUUGUUCAGUUACUAUUAUUCUGCCCUCGCCAUUAUUAUUUUAAUAGAUUAAAAUGAUCCAUCCACCCAUCUUAUAUAGCCGCUUGUCCUAUACAGGGUAGUGCUGGAGCCUAUACCAGCUGUCUCCAGCCAAAGGCAGGGAAACACCCUGGACAGGUAGCCAGUCCAUCACAGGGCAACACACACAGACAUACACAUUCACACUCACAAUUCACUUAAAGGAAUAGUUUACCCAAAAAAGAAAAAUGGCUGAUAAUGUACUCACCCUCAGGCCAUCCAAGAUGUAUCUGAGUUUCUUUCUUCAUCAAAAUAGAAUUUAAGACUUUUAGGAUUUAAUUUCAGGCCUCCAGCUCUAAACAACGCAAGUGAAUGUCCUCCAUUUUUUGACGGUCCAAAAUGCAUAUUUAGAGUGCAUCAAAAUAAUCCACACGACUCCAGUCGACAAAUAAAGUUCUUCUGAACCCAAACGAUUGAUUAUUUUUAGAAACAAAACAAUACUUAUAUACUUUUUAACACAAAUGUUCACUUCCGUACAUCUCUGUGAUGUGUGCACAUGAGAGGGAUGACGUAAGCUCGUUGGUAAGGUCACACGUUACGUGGAGGAGUCAAGAAGUGUGUCAUUAUUUACAUUGUUGUUUUAUUAUUAUUAUUUGGAAAUUAUUUUUUAUUUUAUUUGAUAUUGUUUUGAAAUUGUUUUGGACUGUUUUGGUUUGUGAACAUCACAAAUUUCUCUUGAAAACAAUGACACACUUCUUGACCUCCACGUGAUCAGCUGUUUUGAUGAAGAAAGAAACUCAGAUACAUCUUGGAUGGCCUGAGGGUGAGUAAAUUAUCUGCAAAUUUUCAUUUUUGGCUGAACUAUUCCUUUAACCUGCAUGUUUUUUUGGACUGUGAGGGAAACCGGAGCACCCGGAGGAAACCCACACGAUCACGGGGAGAACAUGCAAACUCCACACAGAAAGGCCCAGUUGAGCCGGGACCUUCUUGCUGUGAGGUGACAGUGCCACCCACUGAGCCACCAUGCUGCCCCAGAUUAAAAUUAUUGAUACAUUAAUUAAGUAAAUAAUUGUUAAGAAAAUUAUUUUAAGAUUCCAGAAGUUUAAAAAACUGAAUGUUUUUCAAUAAAAACAACAGCUGUUGAAGGGAAUUGUUAAAUUCAAACAUGAAAUAUGAUGUCAGUUGACAUGUACAUCUUAAUUUCAUUUAAAGGAAUAUUCUGGGUUUAAUGCAAGUUAAGCUCAAUCAGUUGUGGCAUAAUAAAUUAACAAAAAAAUAUUUAAUUGUCCCUUCUUUUCUUUAAAAAAAUAAGGACAAAUAACUAGGUUACGGUGAGGCACUUACAAUGGAAGUGAAUGGGAUCAAUCCGUAAACAUUAAAAUACUCACUGUUACAAAAGUAUAGCCUCAAGACGUAAACAAUUACAUAUUAACAUGAUUUUAGUCUGAUAAAAUCACUUACAAACCUUUUCUGUGUAAAGUUAUGUUCAAUUUUACAACUUCGUUGCCAUGACGCUGUAACGCUGUAAACCCUAAAAACGACAGCUUAACAUCUUAGAUAAUUAAGAAUAAUUAAAUGCAAUAAAUAAUUAAUUGAAGAAGAAUUAAUGUGCUUUUAUCAAAUUAUAAGCUUUAUAUUUCUACCUUUAAACUCUCUUAAAAAUGACCCCAUUCACUUCCAUUGUAAGUGCCAAACUGUAUCGUCGAUUUUUUCUUUAUUUUAUUUUUAAUUUGUUUUUAAAAAAGGAGGGACGAGACAAAGUUGUUUUUUGUGGUAAUCAACAUUAUGCCACAAAUGCUGUCGAUUGAGCUUAACUUGCAUUGAACUUGGAACCUUCCUUUAAUUGAGGUAGAUUAUAAUAACAGGCCUAUAGCUUAUUAUUAUCAUUAAAUAAUUUUAAGUCCUCUUGGGACCCCCCUGUUGGAAGUUUGCUUUGGCUCCCUAGUGGACCCCUGCCCCCUGGCUGAGAACCACUGCCAUCACUGUAAUUAAAAAAUGAAUGCUUAUUUUACUGUUUGAAGGAGAUUCUACUUGAUUAUUUUAAAACUGUAACAUAGCUGAAACUAUGGUGACCAUGGUGUCUUUAAAAUAGAUGGGGCAAUACUGUGUCUCGUUAUUCAUUUCUUUAAAAAUAAAAAUAAAAAUAAAUAUUUAAAUUUU